AUGGGGCGUUAUGGUGGGUUAUGGCUUCGGAAAACGCUCGACUACGGAAGGACUAAGAGCAUUUACAAUGCUCAUCCGAAUAUUGACGUUGAUUCAAGUCCGAAUGUUGAUAAUGAUAUCCAAGCAAAUGAUGACAUUGAUGCAAGUCCGAAUGUUGAUAAUGAUAUCCAAGCAAAUGAUGACGUUGAUGCAAGUCCGAAUGUUGAUAAUGAUAAUCCUACAACUUCAAUUCCAACAACACGCGGUAUUAUUGAUUUGAAUGAUCUUCCUUCGGAUCCACAUGAUAGGCCACCUAUUGCUAGUUAUCACCCAAAUCAAAUAGAUGACUUAAGAAGUUGGUUAGAGUAUAACAUCAAAGUAGACAAAGUAUAUUGUUUAUAUUGUUACUUGUUUAAAGAAGAUGUUGGUAAUCAAGGCGGAAGAGAUACAUGGUCUUCUAGUUCUAAAGGCUUUUGUGAUUGGAGUAAAAAGGGGUCAUUAAAGGAACAUGUUGGGAAUGUUGAUAGUCAUCAUUUAAAGGCAGCACAAAAAUGUCACAAUCUCAUGAAUCAAAAGCAAUCUAUGGAUGAGAAUAUGAAGAAGUUGACUAAAGAAGAAAUGAUUGCAAAUUAUUAUCGAUUACUUGGUUCUGUUAUGAGUGCUAGAUUCUGUUUAGAAAACUCUUUACCCUUUCGUGGCCAUGAUGAGUCGGAAGAAUCUAAUUCUCAAGGUAUGUUUCUUUCGGUGUUAGACUUGAUUAGUACUAACUACCCGGAAAUUGGAAAGUACACAUUAGAGAAUGCAAAAAAGAACAAUAAAUUGACAUCGCCAAAGAUACAAAAGGAGAUUAUUAAUUGCUUUUCAAAGGAAAUAACAAAAAGCAUUUGUGCAGAAAUUAAAGAUGAUGUGUUUGGGUUGUUGGUAGAUGAAUAUAGUGAUGUUUCUUUGAAGGAGCAAAUGGCUGUAGUUGUUAGAUUUGUUGAUAAACUUGGGACUGUUAGAGAGAGUUUAAUCGGAAUUGUUCAUGUGAAAGACACGACUUCUACAACUCUUAAACAAGCCACUAAUGAUUUAUUAGCAACCAACCAGUUAAGCAUAAAGCAAGAGUGA